AUGUCUACAGAACCAGGUAGCUUCACCUCCAACAGCAGAAUGAUUGUCGUGAGCAACAGGUUGCCGUUUGUGCUUAAGCGGAACGAGACGACCGGUCAGCUGGAACGUAAAGCCAGUGCCGGUGGCCUGGUAACCGCGGUAGCGCCAGUUGUCAUAAACGGAAAUGGAGUUUGGGUCGGAUGGCCGGGCAUGCACAUGGAAAAUCCGGACGAACCGAUUCCCGAAUCCGAUCCCAACGAUCGUACCCCCACAGCCGGCCUGUUAUCUCGCAAAGUGGUUGCGGUGCACGUUGACGCCAACGUCUUUGAUUCAUAUUACAACGGGUGCUGCAAUGGAACCUUCUGGCCUCUCUUCCACUCGAUGCCGGAUCGAGCAACCUUCAUCGCGGAGCAUUGGCGCGCGUAUUCCACGGUCAACGAAGAGUUUGCUGCAAAGACGGUCGGUGCGUUGGAAGAAAUGUACAAGGAACAGGAGAACCAGCCCAACGGCACGCCAUUGGUAUGGGUUCACGACUAUCAUUUAAUGUUGGCUGCCAACUGGAUCAGGCAAGCUGCUGAGGAGAAGGAUCUCAGAUUGAAAUUAGGCUUCUUCCUUCACAUACCCUUUCCACCGUGGGAUAUUUUCAGGCUCUUUCCAUGGGCCGACGAAAUCCUGCAGGGUAUGCUCGGAUGCGACAUGGUGGGCUUUCACAUUCAGGACUACUGUCUGAACUUUGUCGAUUGCUGCCAGAGAUGUCUCGGCUGUAGAGUGGACCGCAAGAAUUUGCUGGUCGAACACGGCGGCAGAACAGUGCGAGUAAGACCACUGCCAAUCGGCAUCCCAUUCGACAGAUUUGUCUCGCUGGCAGAGACUGCUAAUAAGGUCAUGCAAUCGAAUCAGAAGAUCGUUCUCGGCGUCGAUCGUCUCGAUUACACCAAGGGUCUCGUUCAUAGACUGAAAGCCUUCGAAAUGCUACUGGAGAAGCAUCCCGAGCAUCGUGAGCAGGUGACGAUGCUUCAAAUCGCGGUGCCGUCACGCACGGACGUUCGCGAGUAUCAGGAUCUCAAGCUGGAGAUGGAUCAGCUGAUUGGUUGCAUAAACGGUCGCUUCACAACGCCCAACUGGUCACCCAUUCGUUACAUCUAUGGCUGCGUCAGCCAGGACGAGUUAGCGGCAUUUUACAGGGACGCCGCUGUCGCUCUCGUCACACCGCUCAGGGACGGUAUGAAUUUAGUUGCAAAGGAAUUUGUCGCCUGCCAAAUCAACACGCCGCCGGGAGUACUAAUAGUGUCACCAUUCGCCGGAGCCGGCGAAAUGAUGCACGAGGCCUUGAUCUGCAACCCAUAUGAGAUCGACGAGGCUGCGGAAGUGAUUCACAGAGCUCUUACGAUGCCCGAGGACGAGCGGACGUUAAGAAUGAACCACUUACGUCGUCGUGAGAGGAUAUACGACGUCAACUAUUGGAUGAAGUCUUUCCUUCAAGUGAUGGGAUCGCUCGAAGAGCACGAUUCCGUUGGCGCUACUACGAUGCAGCCCGUGACCAUGGACGAUUUCGAUGAUUACUUGAACAAAUACAUCGGUGAUAAUCAUAAAUUGGCGCUUCUGUUGGACUACGACGGCACGUUGGCGCCCAUUGCCACGCAUCCUGACCUGGCCAUCUUACCGCUCGAGACGAAGAACGUUCUGCAGAGGCUGUCCAACAUGUCAGACGUAUAUAUUGCCAUUAUAUCUGGCAGGAACGUCAACAACGUAAAAUCGAUGGUCGGUAUAGAGGGUAUCACGUACGCCGGGAAUCAUGGACUGGAAAUCCUACAUCCGGAUGGUAGCAAGUUUGUUCAUCCCAUGCCCGCUGAAUUGGAAGACAAGGUGGCCAGUUUGAUGCAGAUACUUCAGGAGCAGCUCUGUAGAGACGGUGCAUGGGUCGAGAAUAAAGGAGCGCUUCUUACGUUCCAUUAUCGCGAGACUCCGAUGGAGAGUCGUCCCAAGAUGGUCGAUCAAGCCAGGAAACUCAUCGAGAACGCAGGAUUCAAGGCCUGCACCGCGCAUUGUGCCAUCGAGGCGAAACCGCCAGUCGAAUGGAACAAAGGUCACGCUUCCAUUUACAUCUUGCGCACGGCGUUUGGAUUAGAUUGGAGCGAACGCAUCAGGAUUAUAUACGCUGGUGACGACGUUACGGAUGAGGACGCGAUGAAGGCCUUGAAAGGUAUGGCUGCUACUUUCCGCGUGGCAUCGUCGCACAUCAUUCGCACCUCCGCCGAAAGACGUCUGCCCAGCACCGAUUCUGUCCUCACGAUGUUGAAAUGGGUCGAGAGGCACCUCAGUAGGCGCAAGCCCCGCAACAGCAUCGACAUCCCAGGCAUUCCAUCGCGAUUUCGACGUAGCAGUGGUGGGAUCACGAUGGAGAUGUCAUACACCCCGCCAAAGACACCUCUCGAGUCCUAGGUGACGCUCAAAUGUCCUCUGCAGUAGCGUAUCAACUAUACCUGAUAUCAUAGGGUUAUAAUGUACCCGUAAAGCAUAAAGUCAAUCAAUAGCAGCGAAAACGGGGCUGUAGCCGAGAGUGGAUAAGGAAAAAAGACGUGCGUCGAAGAAAUUCACAUUUCUAAUGUAAAUUAUGUCGAAUGUAUUAGGUCCGUGCACAAGUUCUUGCCGAUUUUGCAAUUGUUCUUUUCAUUGAAAUGAAAGACAGUACAGCAAAAAUCAAUCCAAGUAUUUUCCAUCCUUUUCUACCUUUUCAUCUUUUUCCAUCUUUCCAGCAACAUGCAAAUACCAAGAACUUACGCACCGAUCUAAAUUAGGCAAAUUAAUUCGGUGCUUUUUUUUGAGGAAAUUCAGUCUUCAAUUGCUUUCUUUUUUUUCGAGAACGAAUUCGUCAGUUGUACUAAUAAGUUGUAAUAAUAAAGAUUAGUUUCUUCAAAAAAACCGAAUUAAUUUGCGCAUCUAUAAUAGCUGGCGAAGAGAUUGUAUCGCGAUUGGAAAUUUAAGAGAAACGGUAUAGUUUUCUUUGAACUUGAACUAUAUUGCGCCACCGAUAGUCAUCCCAAGUCAUAGCUUAACAAUUACGAAGAUUAGAAUCGAUUCUAACGUUUUAAACGUCGAUUGAUAUAUCAAUAUAGUUUUCCAUACCGACUUUAGAAUUGGACGAGAAGAAAAGAAAAAAAAGAGACCAAAUAUCGCAUGUUUUAAUCAGAGACGUUAUAAUAAGUUUUAACUAUAUACGAUCGAUGUUUAUCGUGCGACUGAAAUUUUUAAUUUGGCUCUGCUAUGUUUUCCCGUUGCAGUUUUGCGUUUCUCUGCCAAGCUUGUAGCAUUUGAAUUCCAAGUCUUUAGAUUCUCGCUCAAUAAAAGAAUAAAUAUUCGUAAUAAACGGUUAACUAUUAUAGAUUCUACAUAUUAUACACCUGUUGACUAUAUUGUAUCUCGUUAACAAUUUCUACCAAUGACAAAGAUGUGACAAAAUGAAAGUACGGAUGCGUCAAGCUGAUACCAAAAUUGACUUAUUUUAUUGUAUUCUUCUUUUGUUUCUCUUUCUAUUAAAAAUUAUAGCGCAAAUGCCUAAAUAUUGGUGGUUACACAUCAAAUGUCUGCGACAUUACGAGAAUCUGAAUUGUAUAUUUGUUUAUCAAAUUUUAUCGUUCUUCCGAGAAUGAAAUUCGUGCAGUUUGGCAAAUUCGUUCGAGUCACUCGUAGAGUUAAAAGGAUCCUUUUUUGCUCUAAUGCAGCAUUAACGUAUCGUGCGUAUAUAAUGUAGAGAGGAAAAAGUUUACUUUUUUAGUUGUUAGAUAGUCUCUGUAUAUAUCUGGUUAGGUCCUCCAACCAAGUUACUAAAAUAUGAUGUCAAUUUUUCAUCUUAUAUCGCGUAAUAUACGAUAAGAUGAUACAGACGUGCCGAUAUAGCGAUAAGAAUCGUAUUCGGUGCUUUUUUUUCGAAGAAAUUUAGCUCUUUUUCGAGAGGAGAUUCGUCUGAGCGAUGGAGAAAAAUAUUAGAAAAUGAUGGUAAAUAUUUCGAAGAUUGACAUGUCUUAUUUCUUUGUAAAUAAAGAUUCCAUUUCUUCAAAAGAAGCACUAAAUUAAUUUGCGCACCAACUAUAUUACGUCAAGUUUAGCAAAUCGUGUAUCGCGAAUAAAUAGUCGACUAGAGCGAAAGGAGGGACUCCGACAGAAUGAUAAAAUAGAUUUUACACUUUUUCUAAUUGUAAGUAGGAUAAGAUACGUGAUGUAUAAAGAAAAGGAUGUAAAGAGUAUUGAAAUCUUACUUGGUAUAGUCAUUGUUGUUUGUGUGUACAAUGAUUAGCGAUAAUUAAAAAAAUAAGAAAAAGAAUUAUCUAUUAUCUAUUAAAACGUAUUUGUGUAACGUUAUGUGUUGCGUGAUGUGCGUUUCACAGUAUCUUCACAGUAUCGGAUAAUAACAAUCAUAAACUAGUACAAACUGGUAGCGCGUAUCCGUUCCAUGUCACGUGAGCUUAUUCCGAAGCGAGAAAUCUCGGAAAAAAUAACGCACAAGUAUCACUGGUAUCGUUUAGUAGUUGCACAAAGUAAUUCAAAAUAACUUAAAGAAAAUCGUGACGAAAGAGAGACAGUAUAUAUUUACGAUUGCGACAGAAUUUACAAAUUGCAUAAGUAAAAAAAAAUCGCUAUAGCAGGCAUUGGUGAAUAAAAAAGUGAUACGUAUUUAAUGUUCGUUAAGAGUCGAUAUUUAUCAAGACGAUUUUCUUACAGAGACAUUGGUUUACAAUUAAUAACUUUUAUCUCUCAUUGAAACGUAGCUUUAUUCUGAAAAAAAACUUUAUUUUCCAAUUUUCUUUAACGUAAUUUCAGCAUGGAUGCUAAAACGAGACAAAUUCUCUUAUUUAUUAACAAAAUUAAUGAAUUAAAUUAACGUAAUUUAGUCGCUCGAUAGUUGGUCGCAGAAAUGAUGAACUUGACGAUCAAAGGGUUAAUGUUCCAUAACACGUAGGGAGAACGAUUACAGAUAGAAAGAAAAAGCAAUCGACUAUUGCCAUUUCAGAACCCCGAAGCGUUAGAAACGUAGAUUAAAUUCACUAAUCUCCAUACUAUCGCCCCUAUACAGGUAUUUAUUAGUCAAUUAGAACAAUCGUUGGUCAACAAACGAAAUGUUGGUCAUGAAACAAAAGUGAGCCAAUGUUCGGCGAGAAGCAACGCGAAUGUAAAUUGUUACUGUCGAGUCUACGCUCUAUCGAAUACCGACACACGCAAUGCCAUAUCUGUAAGUAAAUGAAUAAAAAAGAAAAGUACGUAUGCGCGCGCGUGUAUAAUAUAUGUAAAUAUACGCGUACAGGAACAGGAUCCUACAACGUGUCCUUGAAGCAAAAUCUCUUCCUCCCUUUUGAAGAAAAAUCUUUUGUAUCAAAAAAAAGGAGAGAAAAGAGCAAAAAAGACAAAAAAAAACAAAAACACAAACUAUUAUACGUUUUGUACGAGUACUUAGUUUUUACCUCGUUAUACGUUACUAUACAUGGGUGUAUAUAAAAUAAAAACACGCGCGAGAUAGUACGAGCAAACGACUCUAAACUGGUUUGCACUCGUUUCCUGUAAAACCGACUACAAAACAACACAGAAAUAAACAUGGUUUAUAAAUUA